AAUCUUAAGCAUCUUCCUUUUAUUCUCUCCUAUCUUCUCCUCUCCUCACUUAGAUUCAGUGCUUUUCUCUUUCUUCCUCUGUAAAAUUCAUAUAUAUCUCUUCACAGCACUACUCACUUUUCUUUACCUUCCCCCCAUCCCUGUGUCCUCUUAGUUUCUCUGCUAAUUUUUUCUUCCAGGGUCUCACUUGCAUUUUAUCCACUCCUUGUACUUCCAUCUUAAGGGAGAGGUGUAAUAUAGUGUAAUCCAUAAUGGAUGUAGACCUGAUGAUAAAGUCUGCAACAGAAGAUCAGGUGGAGAUGAUGAUGAUGAUGCACAUGGACAAGCUUCCUGAAUUUUUUGGAUCCUACCCAGAGUUCUCAUGCCCUAGUGGUUCCAGCAUUGGAGCCUCACCAAUUGUCUUUGAUAACCCACAUGUGCCUUCACCAACAUUACCUAACCCACCUUCCACCAUUACCUUCAUGGGCACUGUAGCUCAAGAAGCAGUAUCACCCAUCUUUCUCAAUCCCAUGACAGGGUGGUUGCGAAACGCCGGAGAAUUAGAAUUAUUGGGUGCAAGUAAGAAGAAUUCGAUGGCGGCAAUGAGAGAGAUGAUCUUCCGGAUUGCUGCGAUGCAACCAAUUCAUAUUGACCCGGAGUCUGUGAAGCCACCCAAGCGGAGGAACGUGAAGAUAUCGAAGGAUCCACAGAGUGUGGCAGCAAGGCACAGAAGGGAGCGGAUAAGCGAAAGGAUAAGGAUCCUUCAGAGAUUAGUCCCUGGAGGAACUAAGAUGGAUACAGCUUCCAUGUUGGAUGAAGCGAUUCACUACGUGAAAUUCCUAAAAACACAGGUGCAAUCUCUCGAACGAGCUGCUGCGAAUAGGCCUGUUGGGAUUGGGUUUGGGUUUCCUGUUGUUAUGUAAGAACCUAUAAGUCUCCACAUCGGACUACUCAUAUCUUGAUGUGAGAUUAUUAAUAAUUCCUCCUUAUCCAUGGAACCCCAACAUUUUUAAUUACAUCAAACUCGUCAUUCACAUAUUUUGUUUA